AUGCACCCAAAAAACUUAGUAGGCCAAAAAAAUCAAAAGCAACAUGAAAGUGCAACAACUGAAACUCCAAUCAAUCAAAAUGUAGAUCCCAAUCAAACAUCUGGUUCUAGGAGAAAGACUAGAAGGAGGAGUACAAAAACCAGUAAUGAGCCAAAUCAACCAACUGCUCAAAGGAGAAAAAUAAAUAGUAGAAAGGGUGGAGGUAGAGCUGGAGGUAAAGGGAAAAAAUGUGUGGAUGAGGGACAAGUUCAGAUUGAGGGACAAAAACUUGUUGGUGAAGGGAAAAACCAGGAUGAAGAGCAAAACCAAGAAAAUGGACAAGAAAAGGUUGAUGAGGGUAUGGCCAGUCAAGUUAUAGAUGAAGUUGGUGAAGGAAAAUCUAAGUCACGAAAGCUGAGUGAAAUUCUUGAUGAUGUUGAGGAUGGUAUAAAUGAAAUUCUUAGAGAUAUUCAAGAGGAAGAACCUGAGUUUCUUGAAGGGAGUAAAGGGAUAGCAAUUCCAUUAGAUGAAAUGACACCUGUUGAACUGGAAUUACAAUAUCAAGAAGGGCAUCCGGAUGAUGUUGAGGUGUUUGCUGAUGAUGAAGUUGAUGAUGUACAAGUGGAUGAUGUACAAGUUGAUGAUGUUGAGGUGUUUGCUGAUGAUGAAGGUGAUGAUGAGGGAGUGGUUGCAGCUGAUAAUCAUGUAGUGGAUGAGGUACAAGUGGAAGCAGGGAUUGAAGCUGCUGUUGAGGGGGUGGAGGAUAGAGUCAAUAACUUGCCAAACCUGUCUACCAAACCUAUGCAUAGGAAAAGGAAACCUUCUGAGAGGAUAUUGAAGCUAAAGUUGAAGAAGACUGUGUAUGACAAAGAUGGUAGUGGUUCCAGUGCUACCAAACCUGUCAAGUUGGAUUAG